AUGGUAUUUGGCAUUAGAGAGGUGUAUUUCAAAGUCGGGGACCGAGUGCUUAUCACUACGAAGAAUUGGCAGAUCGGAAGGCCAAGUCGGAAGGUUACAGACCUAUCAAACGGACCUUACGAGAUCAUUGAGCAAGUCGGACAUGCCUAUCGCCUUAACCUCCCUGAAAACCUGAAAGUGCACCCGGUAUUUAACCCAAGCAAGCUACGGCUAGCUACUAAGACAGCGCCGUUAACUGGCCAAACUGAGGACCCACCGUUAGGGGAGGUCAUUAAGGAUUCGCAGGAAUGGGAAGUGGAGGAGAUCCUAGCUUCACGGCUACACUACAGGAAACUUCAAUAUCGGAUCAAGUGGGUUGGAUACGAUGAGGACUCGGCAUGGUAUCCUGCCAGCAAUUCCAAGAAUGCUCCGCAAAAGCUGAUUGAGUUCCAUGACGCUUACCCUGACCGACCUGGACCACCAAUGCGCCUCUCUGAGUGGACGAAAGCCGCGUUAGAAGACGAAUAUCUGGAAGAUCACGAAAAUGAUAACAAAGCGGCUACCGUCUAG